AUGGCCGCUCAUCAGACUACGAUCAUCGCGGUUAUCGUCAUCAUUUCGAUCUUCGGCACUAUUGGUCUGCUGUUUGCCGGCUUGUGGUGGCUUGGCACUUAUGUUUGUAUUUCUCAUGGCUUUUUUGAACCACUGCUGACCUUCAUGUAGGCAAACCGAAUGUACGAUCUCUCUUCCCUCUACUGGACUAAUAUUUCUGACACGAGUUCAAGGCGCGAUGCUACAGCUGCGGCAGACGCCGAGUCAACUGCGAGCACUGGAGGGGAUGGCACUACAACAGGUUGAUACACGGUGUCUCUUCUUGCACUCUUCUGGUCAAAUUUUCCUUCGAUCUUCCCAAUUGUACGACGCGACCUAAUUCCGACCACGUGGCGACGCACUCUGCACAUUGUUUUUCCUUGGUUCUACAAUUCUUUCCUUUCAUGUGUACGCAGAUUGCGAGACGCGAACAAAAAUGGUGGUGGUCAUGGAUGGUUUCUCCUGCUUGUACAUAAGCCUCCGGCGGAUAUCAAAUUAAGCUCAGGGUGGAUAUGGUUCCGCAUAUUUCUUCUAGAAGCUGAACUGAUGGAAGGAAGGGGUUGAUAUCAUGAUUUGUAUCCGCAACCAAGGAUAUACCCAAUAAGAUCUCGUCUCUUC